UUAUUUAUUUAUUUUUAUUUUAAAAUGCCCAUGCACGUGAUCUUCAGGUGGUCCUUUAUACCAGCGCCCGACCAGCGCCCAUGCUCUAUCCGCCGCGAGCCCACCACCACCGCGACCCAUUUUCGCAACAGCGAAAGCAAAAACACAAAACAAAUUAAAUAACCGCAACGCUUUGGAGAAUCAAAAUAGAUACCUUCGGGAGUCCAGUUGCGUUGUACUACUGCUUCUGCUGCCUCUGUUUCUGCGUCUCUGUAACUGCGUGCGUUCUGGUUUCGAUCGACCGGUGGAACUCGGGGGUUGCGGGUGUCGGCGACCCGGAGAUGACGACCAUGGAGAGCUUGAUUGGCCUGGUGAAUCGAAUUCAGAGGGCAUGUACGGUCCUCGGCGACUAUGGCGGUGACACUGCCUUGCCUACUCUUUGGGAGGCUCUUCCUUCCGUCGCGGUCGUCGGUGGGCAGAGUUCUGGAAAAUCGUCGGUUUUGGAGAGCAUCGUCGGGCGUGAUUUUCUUCCCAGGGGGUCAGGAAUUGUUACAAGGAGGCCUUUGGUGUUGCAGCUGCACAAGACAGAGCAGGGACUUGAGGAGUACGCGGAGUUUCUUCACAUGCCAAAGAGAAGAUUCACUGAUUUCUCUAUGGUUCGCAAGGAAAUUCAAGAUGAAACUGAUAGAAUUACUGGGAAGUCGAAGCAAAUUUCACCUGUUCCAAUUCACCUCAGUAUCUACUCACCAAAUGUUGUUAAUUUGACAUUGAUAGAUUUACCUGGUUUAACAAAGGUUGCUGUUGAGGGGCAGCCAGAGAGUAUUGUUCAAGACAUUGAAAAUAUGGUUCGCACUUAUGUAGAGAAGCCUAACUGCAUCAUUCUAGCCAUAACUCCAGCCAACCAGGAUAUUGCAACAUCUGAUGCUAUCAAACUUGCCAGAGAGGUUGAUCCGAUGGGUGAAAGGACAUUUGGUGUGUUGACAAAGCUUGAUUUGAUGGAUAAGGGAACGAAUGCAUUGGAUGUUCUUGAAGGAAGAUCUUAUCGGCUGCAACAUCCUUGGGUUGGAAUUGUUAACCGCUCACAGGCUGACAUUAAUAAAAAUGUUGACAUGAUUGCUGCACGGCAUAGGGAACGUAACUUUUUUGCCACUAGUCCUGAUUAUGGGCACUUGGCUAGUAAAAUGGGUUCUGAAUAUCUUGCUAAACUUCUAUCAAAGCAUCUAGAGUCUGUUAUCAGGGCUCGCAUACCCAGCAUCACAUCUUUGAUUAACAAAAGUAUUGAUGAACUUGAAUCAGAGUUGGAUCACCUUGGUAGACCUGUUGCUAUUGAUGCAGGGGCCCAGCUAUAUACUAUCUUAGAACUUUGCCGGUCAUUUGACCGAAUAUUCAAGGAGCAUCUUGAGGGCGGGCGACCAGGUGGUGACCGUAUUUAUGGAGUUUUUGACCACCAGCUCCCUGCUGCUUUGAGGAAACUUCCAUUUGAUCGCUACCUUUCGCUCCAUAAUGUAAGAAAGGUGGUUUCAGAGGCGGAUGGCUACCAACCCCAUCUUAUUGCUCCUGAGCAGGGUUACCGACGCCUGAUUGAUGGUGCCCUUAAUUAUUUCAGAGGUCCAGCUGAAGCUUCAGUGGAUGCUAUACACUUCAUCUUGAAGGAGCUUGUGAGAAAGUCAAUUGGAGAAACUCAGGAGUUGAGGCGCUUUCCGACUCUCCAAGCUGAAAUAGCAGCAGCUUCCAAUGAAGCGCUGGAGAGGUUCCGUGAUGACAGCAAGAAGACAACAUUGCGAUUGGUGGAUAUGGAAUCCUCAUAUCUGACUGUAGAUUUCUUCCGCAAACUACCCCAGGAAGUGGAAAAGGGAGGAAGCCCAGCUACCUCUACUGCAGACCGGUACACCGAGGGGCACUUCCGCAGAAUAGGUUCAAAUGUUACGUCCUAUAUUGGAAUGGUGUCUGAGACGCUGAGGAAUUCCAUUCCAAAGGCUGCAGUUUAUUGUCAAGUUAGGGAGGCCAAGCGGUCUUUACUUGAUCACUUCUAUACACAAGUGGGCAAAAAGGAGGGAAAGCAGCUUGCGCGGUUGCUGGAUGAAGAUCCUGCAUUAAUGGAAAGGAGGCAACAAUGUGCGAAGAGGCUUGAAUUGUACAAGUCUGCAAGGGAUAAAAUUGAUAGUGUGUCAUGGACCAGAUGAGAUAGGUUCAUGCUUGGACAGUUCUUGUAUAGUGCUUGGACAGCCGAAGUAGGCUUCCAUCUUUGUUGAUUGUGUGUAUUGUUGUGCACUGGUCUGUUUAGAUCAUUCCUUGCAGAACUUGCAUAAUGUUUUUUUUUUUUUUUUUAAAUAAUGUUUUCAUGUUUAUUGCUUUUCAUUUCUGAUGUAUUUUUUGUAGAACUGGAUACAUCGAUCUAAUCUGCCCAAUCAAUUUUACAUUGAUGCUGGAUUUUCUUAUAA